AAGGCUGCCAGAUUCACUUUCGUCAAUCAGUUAAUAAAGUCAACUAGUUCUUUUCACAAUGUCUUACAAGCCGGAGAGCACCUACGAUGCGGAGCGCAAAAUUUGGAGUGGAAAAGAUGAAUGUGAAUACUUUUCACCCGAUCUCUCCAUUGGAGAGCUCACUUUUCAUGAAAUGCGACGUCAUCCAAAGCUGAUAGCUCAAAUCUCGGACACUGAAAAUACUGUGUUGACAAGGGAGGAGCUCCAUUUAAACUCGAUGCGUGUGGCCAGCUAUAUGAGAUCUUUGGGCUUGCAACAAUCGGACAUAGUGGGAAUCAUAGCGAGAAAUACUACGCACAUCUUCGCCGUGGCCUAUGCAUGUUUUUUCAAUGGGAUUGCCUUCCACUCACUCAACAUCACCUAUGAGAAAACGACUAUUGAGAAGCUCUUUGAUAUUACGAAGCCGCGUUUAAUAUUUUGCGAUGGUGAAGAGUAUGAGAAAGUUAAAUUGGCUACGGAAGGCUUAAGCGUGAAGAUUAUUACAAUGCGUAACCAUCAGAUCGGCUCCAUUAGCAUUGAGGAAGUGCUGGCUACGCCUGUGGAACCAAACUUUGAACCCUCUCGUCUGGAGCAUGGAAAUGAUCAAACUCUGGCCAUUCUCUGCUCUUCAGGCAGUACGGGUACGCCGAAGGCAGUGACCAUCUCGAAUAGUCGCAGGAUCCUUAACAUGACCACACAUCUGACCACUGCUGACGUUCAGUACACGCACAGUACUCUAGAUUGGGUGACCGGACUCAUAGCCACGGUCACUUCGGGAAUAUACAGCACCAAACGAAUUAUAGCCGAUAAUGUUUUUGACCCUGCUCGUCUUCUGCGCAUUAUUGAGCAGCACAAAGUCACGUGGCUGAUGCAGGCACCCUCUCACUUGGCUAUGUCUGCCAAUUGCCCUGAAUUUGAGCAAUCCAACCUGCAAAGCAUACAGGACUACUUUUACGGAGGUGGUCACUGCUCCUUGGACGCGCAACAUAAAAUAAGGAGUCGUUUGCAACGCGAUUGCAUGCACUUAAUGUACGGUUUUACAGAGGUGGGAAGUGCUAUAGCCGUAAACUUAAACUUUGAUAAGAAACCUAAAUCAGUUGGACAACUGUUGAAUGGAUUCAAGCUGAAGAUACUCGAUGAUCAGGGACAGCCCCUGGGACCAAACGAAGUGGGUGAAAUAUGCGUCUAUUCUGGUCAAUAUUGGGCCGGUUAUUAUGGAAAUCCCGAGGAGACACACAAAAUACGUGACUCGAAUCUAUGGUUUCACAGUGGGGAUCUUGGUUAUAUGGAUGACGAGGGUUUCCUCUACAUUGUGGAGCGGAAAAAGGAAAUGCUCAAGUACCAGAACAUCAUGUAUUACCCAAACGAAAUAGAAGAAUUGAUUGCUCAGAUGCCAGAAGUGGCAGAGGUCUGUGUGUUUGGCAUCUGGAAUCAAUUCAACGGCGACGAGGCCGCUGCUGCUGUCGUGAAGAAGAUUGGAUCCAGCAUACACGCACAAGACGUGGUGGACUAUGUGGAGCAGCAUUGCACUGCUAAGUAUAAACAUUUACAUGGAGGUGCCAUCAUUGUGGAUGACCUGAAGCGUACUGCCAACGGCAAAACUAAUCGCCAGGCCACAAAGGCCUAUUUUCUCGAGGUUAAAGAUAGAAAUUAUGAACUCGUUGCAUUCACAAUGAUUUACAGACCGGACAACACCUACGAUGAGGAGAGCAGAAUCUGGAAUGGUCAGCAGGAACGUGAAUAUUUUGCACCCGAUCUAUCCAUUGGAGACAUCAUUUUCCAUGAAAUGCGACGUCAUCCGAAGCUGAUAGCUCAAAUCUCAGACACUGAAAAUACUGUGCUGACCCGGCAGGAGCUCCAUUUGAAUUCAAUGCGCGUGGCCAGUUUUAUGAGAUCUUUGGGCUUGCAACAAGUGGACAUUGUGGGAAUCAUAGCCAGAAAUACUACGCACAUCUUUGCCGUGGCCUAUGCAUGUUUUUUUAACGGGAUUGCCUUCCACUCACUCAACAUCGCCUACGAGCAGGCGACCAUUGAGAAGCUAUUUGAUAUUACGAAGCCGCAUUUAAUAUUUUGCGAUGGUGAGGACUAUGAGAAAGUGAAAUUGGCCACAAAAAACUUAAACGUGAAGAUUAUUACAAUGCGUAACCAUCAGAUCGGAUCCAUUAGCAUUGAGGAAGUGCUGGCUACGCCUGUGAAACCAAAUUUUGAACCCUCUCGUCUGGAGCAUGGAAAUGAUCAAACUCUGGCCAUUCUCUGCUCUUCAGGCACUACGGGUACACCCAAGGCAGUGACCAUCACGAAUAGUCGCAGGAUCCUAAACUGUAGCACACAUCUGACCACUGCUGACGUUCAGUACACGCACAGUACUCUAGACUGGGUGACCGGACUCAUAGCCACGGUCACUUCGGGAAUAUAUAGCACCAAGCGAAUUAUAGCCGAUAAUGCCUUCGACCCUGCUCGUCUUCUGCGCAUUAUUGACGAGCACAAAGUCACGUGGCUGAUGCAGGCACCUUCCCACUUGGCUUUAACUGCCAAUUGCCCGGAAUUCAAGCAGGCCGACCUACUAAGCAUACGAUCCUACUUUUACGGAGGUGGCCGAUGCUCCUUGGAGGCGCAACAUAAAAUAAGAAGUCGUUUGCGCCAUGAUUGCAUGAGAUUGGCUUAUGGCUUCACAGAGUUAGGAAGUAUGGUAUCUAUGAACUGGCAUUUUGAUGAAAAACCCAAUUCGGCUGGCCGUUUGAUAGAUGGCUUCAAGCUGAGGAUACUCGAUGAUCAGGGACAGCCCCUGGGACCAAACGAAGUGGGUGAAAUAUGCGUCUAUUCUGGUCAAUAUUGGGCCGGUUAUUAUGGAAAUCCCGAGGAGACACACAAAAUACGUGACUCGAAUCUAUGGUUUCACAGUGGGGAUCUUGGUUAUAUGGAUGACGAGGGUUUCCUCUACAUUGUGGAGCGGAAAAAGGAAAUGCUCAAGUACCAGAACAUCAUGUAUUACCCAAACGAAAUAGAAGAAUUGAUUGCUCAGAUGCCAGAAGUGGCAGAGGUCUGUGUGUUUGGCAUCUGGAAUCAAUUCAACGGCGACGAGGCCGCUGCUGCUGUCGUGAAGAAGAUUGGAUCCAACAUACACGCACAAGACGUGGUGGACUAUGUGGAGCAGCAUUGCACUGCUAAUUAUAAACAUUUACAUGGAGGUGCCAUCAUUGUGGAUGACCUGAAGCGUACUGCCAACGGCAAAACUAAUCGCAGGGCCACAAAGGCAUAUUUUCUCGAAGUAAAAUAUAGAAAUGAAAUUUAUGGAGCACCUUAAGAAAUUUUAAUAAUGCAAUAAAAACAUUUAUAAGUUUUAACUUGAAUAAAAGAUCUGCAAAUAUCAUCUAUUUAAAUAAA